UUGGUGUGAAGCGCAGUGAUUGGCUGGACUUGAGGAAGGUUCUGCUUUCGUUCUGAUGUUGACCAUAGAACUGACGGGGGAACACUGGCGGUAAAGGACAGAGAGGGAGAGAGAGAGAGAGAGCAGCGUCACCUUUUAAACUUAAUGCAGUUGGGCCGCGCCUGGUCAGUUUGGGUAUUAAAGAAACUAAAACAAGCAUAACAAUGGAAAGGCAUGUUCGCAGAAUCUGGCCACUCUCUGCACCAGACAUCGUAUACUAUCUGCAGAUAAGUUGGGAGAAAGACCAAGACUUGGGAAGUGGUUUUACUGUGACUGUUUGCAAUGGAGAACAAGCUUGGAGUGGAAGAGUGUCAGAUAAUCAAGUAACAAUGGAAGCAAAAGAGGCUGAAAUGGACAGAGAAAAAUAUGUGGAUGAACUUCAACAAGCAUUGACAACAGGUGAAGAAACAGUGAGAAACUACAGCUUUGACUUUUCUAAGGAUAACGACGAGGAAGUUUUCCAUUUUUCAUAUGAAAAGCUUUUACAAGACAUCUCAUUUAAGCUUGGCUCUGUUGAAUUACGUCAAGUCUUGGACUCAACAGAGGUCAAUAAAGAACUCAUCAGCUAUGUGUUACGUUGCAACGCAGAACUGCGAGACAAAAAUGAGCAUCUGCAGCAAGAGAAUAAGAGAUUACUGUGUGAACGUAAUUACACCUUGAAAGAAUUGGAAAAGUAUGUUAAGGCUAAAGAAGAGUUGGAGCAAGACCUCUAUUCACGUUUCAUCUUGGUGCUAAACGAAAAAAAGGCCAAGAUUCGAAGUCUGCAGGAAACUUUAAAGUGCGCCAACAUGCAAGCGGAAUUCAAGAGUCAGAGCAGGACUAUUGCCACUAGCCAGGAAGUGUCAGUAGCUGAGGAAGAUUUUGAUUGCAGUACUGAUGCAGAAAACAAAGGCCAUGCUUCUGAAAAUAGAAUCUGGUCUCAACCUUCCCGGUCAACCUGUGUUCCACCCCAGAAUGAUCCCAUUGGCAGUAGCCUACAUGAUGUGGUUGACAUAGCACCAAGUCGAAAGCGCUGGCAUCGAAUUCCACAGCAAAAGUAUAAAGAGGCAGAGGCCCCAAAAGCUUCUUCAGAAAAGAGCUUGUGCCCUAUGAGCUCUGCAUCAUCAAUAAUCCAUCAUCAAUCUGAAGAGGAACAAUCACAGGAAACCUUACCCAACACUGUUGAGCCACAUGAUCUCUUCGACAAUAUUUAAAAUGCCAUUUCUCCUAAAAAGCAUGUUAUACACAGACAACAGCAAAUUGACUAAGUGCAUAGUAUAUUCUGUAAUGUCAUCAUCCUAUGAAAUAUAAUUAGUCAUGUAAAAAGCUUUAUUGUAGAAACCACAUGGCAUUUGGAAAUCCACAUGUGUAAUUUCAGUUACUUACAGCAUCUGUUUAACGUAGCAUCCUUAAAAUUUAGUUUCUUGUCAGUGCUUUCAGUUCUUCUACAAAUAUGCCCUCUUAUGAAUCACAUGACAUAUGCUUUCCUCUUUUGUUGUACUCCAUGUAGAAAUGGGGAGGAAAAUUAUGAAAUCAGGAAAAUCCAUGCAUCUCAAACUUUUCUACUGGGUUCCAUAUGUUUUUUUUAAACUGCGCCUUUUAAAAAUAUUCCCAUCAUAUUGUCUCAUGCAAUUAGUUGCAGUACCAUUGCAAGUGAAAGUAAGUUGCAUAAGAAUAAGAGACAAAGCCGUGGAUUUUCACUGAGUUGGGAUGACUUGGGAGCAGUUUAAAAAUGGUGGGCAUGUCCCGAUUCUGAUAUUCCCAACCCCAUUCCCAGGCCGUGUGAUUUUCAGGGUACACAGAAAUUACAGUCAGCAAGUUUAAGGGUGCGAGCUGGUUUGAGUUGCAAGCCCACAACCGGCACUCCUGAACUGGCCGGCUCCAUUUUGGAGAUAGGCAUGUCCUAGCUCUUAACAAUUUUCAUGGAGUCCAGCUAGACAUUGAAAGACUUAUGGUUCAGAGCACCUCAAAGGUAAGUUCGAAAGGUCUUCCUCAUGCCCUCAUGCCGAGCUAUGGCGCUCCUUCACCCACCCACAUGGCCUCUCAUGCCCCUUAUGAUAAGCUGUGGCCCCCAUUGCCCCCUAAGCCAAACUAUGGAACUUCCAUACCCACUGCCUCAUUAUACACUGUAUAGAAUCAAUGAACCCUAGAGAGAAAUAGGAUGUGUGAAAAAAGCUUUAAAAAUAGUAAUUCAUUACUUUCCACUGUUAAAAAAAGCUUUUUCACUGCAGCCCAAUAAAAGUGUCAAUCAUCUGGACCAUUUAAAGGAUCAAUAACAGAAACUGCAAGCACUUGAAACCUCUUAACCUUGUGUAAAUAAACAUUGUAGAAUUGACAGCAAAGAUCAAAGAGCCAAAGCUAUCAAUCAGGUAAUAUUUUCCCAGGGGCUCCUGUGUUUCAUCAAAGUAAUGGAAGUCUAGGCUCUCAGCCAAAAAUACAGGAUGAGGCUUGAUGAAACAGCUGAGUCCCAGGGAAUGCUCAAGUGUUGGAUUCAAGGUUAGUUUCUUAAGGAUGGUAACGAAGGCUUGUUGUUGCUAUGUCAUUAUUACUAUCUUCUAUGGGUACACAGAAAUUACAGUCAGCAAGUUUAAUUCUAUAUUUACCUUUGUUAGUAGUGGUGCCUACCAGAGCUCCAGAGAAAGUAAUGUAAAAGCAGUGUUACUCAAUAUCCCAAUGUUGACAUUUAGAAGAAUUGUGAUGUCCAGUAAUUCCUAACAAGUCACUGUCACUAGCUGGCAAGGAUAAACAAGUUAGGUAAGAAUAGAAAUUAAUGUUGCUGAUAUUAACAGAAAUGCACUUGCAUGUUUAAUUUUUUUUUGUCUGCUAUUUUAGGGAAAUUAAACCAUUUAAAAUAAAUAAUAAUGUCUAAAAUAGUGGAAAUUAAUGACAAACAUAUUAAGCUUCUUUAAUAUCAUGAACAGUAAUUUCUAGGCUAUAGAUUUCAAUGUCUCAGUAUUUAGUCAAGAUUUUUCUUUGUUGAAUACCCUCACUAAGAGCAUGACUUGGUAUUUCCUCAGAACAGUAACUUCAAAAACAGUAUGUUCAAAUUAUCAUCUACAAAGUACACAAGAUGGUAUAUUGGUAUUGAUUAAUGUGCUCUUGCAAAUCCCUAUUUCAUCACUGCUUUUACUGGCUGUGGAUUGGCUUACCUGUAGGAUGGGCUUACCCAAGCUCUCUAGUUUUCAUGUCAAUCUAACUGAUGUGUAACAGAGAUGCAUCCCCUGCUUCAAUCUCAUGGAGGCAGAAUUUUGAUCAGGAAGUCAUAAUUAUGUUAACACCCUGCACCAAAUGACAGGAGGACAUAACAAAGAAACUCCAAAUCAAAGUGAUAAUGUUACUUAGGAACAAAGCUUUUGUUUCCCCCAUUCUAAAACAUAACUCACUCUAGUUAUUGUAAUUUUAAUACGCUAUUAGCUAGAAAGGCACUAUUUUUAUUAAGUUUAAGGUGGCCAGUAUUCUGGCAGUAGCUACUACAUGAUGCUCUAAAGAGUAGUAACUUAGAGUCAUUGCAGAUUUUACCUUCAUCAUUUAGCCCUAACUGAACUUUCAUCUCAAAAAAAACUUUUCUCAUCCAAAGAGCUGAAGGUCACCAGUUGAGGGAAUUGAAGGAUACAGCAGAAGACAGUCUGAGCCUGGCUUAGGGAUCGAUUGAAGGGACUGGCAUCUAUCUCAUUUUUUAUAGCUGCAUGAGUUACUGAAUUUGAAUAAUGAUAAGCGGUAUUUCAUAAGGAAAGUAUUCUACACUCCAUUAAUAAGGUUAUUCAAUUUGUAUGUGAAUCUCUACAAAUCAAAUUUACCAAGGCAGUAUUUUUGAUUCAGUUAUGUCCAUAGAUAUCUGUGAGUUAACGGUUAUCACUUAACUGCGGACGCAGAUUACCUCAUGCAUCCUGAGCUGUACGUUUUAUGACAUGGUCUGAACCCUUUAAUUUACAAUAUGUCACUCAAGUUGGCUUCAUUGGUUUAAUUUCAACAAGGUAUUUUUUUGUUCUGCUUUUUUAUUUGCAUAUCUAUUGAUGUGCUUGUGUUUAAUGCUGUUUCUCGACUGUAAAACAUGCACCACAAUCAGAAUUUAUUUAAUACAGUAUCAUGAGUAAAA